AUGCCUGGUGCCCUGGAAACGCUCUGGGACCAUUACACCUGGGUCCUGGAAAGCGGAGACCCACGGACGGAUGCCUGGAUCCUGGUGUACUCCCCACUCCCAGUCAUCUUGCUCCUGCUCCUCUACCUUCUCCUGGUGCUGGUGGGUCCACGUGCCAUGAGCCAGCGGCCACCACUAGAACUGACCGGAGCCCUGGCUACCUACAACCUGGGGCUGGUGCUUCUUUCGGGGUACAUUUUCUACCAGUUUCUGACCGUCUCCCUCCUGGCCGACUACAGCUACUUCUGCCAGCCAGUGGACUACAGCCAGAAUGAGCUCAGCAUGAGGAUGGCGCGCGUGUGCUGGUGGUGUUUCUUCUCAAAGGCCGUGGAGUUGCUGGACACGGUCUUUCUUGUCCUGCGUAAGAAGCAGGAGCAACUCACGUUUCUGCAUGUCUACCACCACGGGACCAUGCUCCUGAACUGGUGGGCCGGGGUCAAGUACGUACCAGGGGGUCAAGCUUUCUUCGUGGGGAUGCUGAACUCUCUGGUCCACGUCUUCAUGUACCUGUACUAUGGCCUGGCCAGUCUGGGGCCCCGCGCACGACCCUACCUGUGGUGGAAACGGCACCUCACCAUCCUGCAGCUGGGCCAGUUUGUGGCCAUCGCCGCUCACGCCUCCUACAACCUCUUCGCCGAGUGCUCCUUCCCGGAUGGGUUCAACCUCGCCGUCCUCCUCUACUCCCUCAGCCUCAUCGUCCUUUUCCUCAACUUCUACCGCCAGACGUACCUGCGGGGCAGGCGGAAGAAGCGGCUCUAGGGGCCAAGAUGCC